AUGGCUGUUCUUUCAACUCUCAAUGAGCUCGUAUGGCAACUCAUUGACCCUUUUCUGUUCAUGGGCAUAGCUAUGCGCUUCCUCCCUAGUACGAUUCUCGAAGUUAUCAGGAAUAGAGAUUUCCGUACUUUGCUCUCACCAUCGAAAUUCAAGGAGGCAUGGUGGGGGAACUUUUGGGCGUUUAUAGGUCCCCAGGUGAAAGCCAGCGCAGAGAACAAAGUCAUUCCACUACUUGAAGGACGUGUGAAGAAUGGCCGCAUGGGAGAUGAGAUCGUAGAGAGGCCUAUCAAUGGAGUUGUUCUUGAGAUUGGUGCGGGGACCGGGAUGUGGGCGGAUGUGUUUGCCAAAGUCAACGUCGGAGUGAACACCGAUGAAGAUGCCGAUGGGGAACUCAGACGAAGAAAAGGAGAGACUGGUCUAACUCGUGUAUAUGGCAUCGAACCAAACCCGAAAUCUGCAGCAACUUUGCGACGACGAGUGAAGGAAAUCGGGCUUGAUGGCGUUUAUGAGGUUGUCCCAGUGGGCAUUGAAUCUAUCAACGACCCAAAAGCCUGGGACGGCCGGAUCGAACCAGAGAGCGUCGAUUGCAUUGUCACUAUUUUGUGCCUCUGCAGUAUCCCUGAGCCUGAGAAGAAUAUCAAGCUUCUAUACCAGAGUCUCAAGAAGGGUGGUCGAUGGUAUGCUUAUGAGCAUGUGCGUAUGGAUCCAAGCGACGGCUAUUUUCUGCGCAUCUACCAAUGGGUCACUGGGCUGGUAUGGUCACAAGUCAUGGGUUCAUGCCGAAUCUGCCGAUCAACAGGCAAAUCCUUGAGAGAAGCCGGACCAUGGGAGAAGAUCGAUCUGGCGCAACCUGUUGGAGAGGCAAGAUUCAAUCUUCUUCCCCAUAUCCUGGGAACAUUGACCAAGUAA